GUGGCACUCCACUUGGCUCUUUUAUCUUUCAUUUUCGUUUUUUGCUUCCCUCUCCCUUGUCUUCUCAAGCUACCAACCUUUCUUUACAUUCCACAUAACAAGUCGCUGGAAAAUAGGAUAAAAAACUGGAUACAAAAGUGGAUACCCAUCCAUGAGAAAAAACUGCAGGAGUCGCAUGAGAAUCACGAAAGAAGAAAAACAAAAGAUAAAAAAGAUAGAGAAACAAAUGACAUGAAAAUGAUGAGAAUUAGAUUUGCUUUGUUGAGUUUGUCCGUCACCGAUGUCUUUGGAUAUAGGUUCCAUCGUCAUCUUCCGGCGUCUUCUAUUCCGGUCUCCAGCGCGGCAGCGCCGUUACUAACAUCAUAUACUUCAGCUUCCAUCACCGGCGUCCUCCUGCAAUUGGAUAGGAAAAAGAAGCUUCUUCUCCUAUAUAUGAACGAGGAAGAAGAAGACAUGACUCUAUCUUUAUUCCUUACCAUCACCGGCAUUUUCCCCUUAAGCUUCUACCGCCGGCGUCAUUAAUUUAAAUGGAGGAAGAAGCACACCAGGAUCCAUUCUAGAUUUUCAUGAAGACUAAGAGAAGAGUACGAACGAUAGUGGAUGAAUUUGGAGUGGUAAAGUAUUAGGAGUCUAAAAAGCUAAAUGUAGAUUUUUUAGACUCCUAAAUGUGAGUAGUGGAAGUUUAAAUGGGGUAUUAAAAGUGGGAAAGUGGAUGGAAGGGGUUAAAUAUAGAGGGUUGGUUUAGAGGAGUGGGAAAAGAAAAAAGAAAGAAAAAAGAAUAGAAAGGAUGUACGGAGGUUUCAUUUUUUGUGCGGAUGAUGCAAUUUUUUCAUCUUUGCAUCAUAAAAUCCAAUUUUUAAAAAAAUUUAUAUAACUUUUUUAUUUUUUCUCCAAAAUUUUCAAAAAAUACAUCAAAAUCUAUAAAUUUUUAUAAUCUUUCAUAUAACACCAAUAUGUAAUAUAUAAACUGGGGAAAAAACUGAAGUUUAAACUGUCGAAGUUUUCUUGAACCCCAAA